AUGGCCUGUAUGUCUCUACAGAUCUCAUAUUCACAGAUGAAGAACAGAUGCAGUGGCGCCUACAGUACAGAUGAAGAACACUUGGUGAGGAACAGAUGGGACGAAACCAAUGAAGAGCCGCAGACGAAGAGCACAGAAGAAGAUGGAUUUUCGGCAUUGAUUUGGCGUUUCUGCAUUGCCGUCAGCGGGAACUCGAUAGCUGUCUUUGCUAUUGGGUUUGAGAUACACCACUCAGAUGACCAUCAAAGCACGGUGUAUACAGAUAGAGCCUCAGCAUAUCAAAAUAAAGUGCUUAUGGUGUGGCGCAGAAGCUCACAAGGCAGGUUGACUUUAUUACAUAAAGCUAUUCUCAUAUCUCACCAUCUAGAAUCCUUGUUUUUGAAAGUCUUGAUGGUCACAAGGUUAGAAAGGGUAAAUCGUAUGGUAAUUUAUCCCCCUGCAACAGCACUGCCACAAUAG